ACAGCUGAGAAGCGGAGUUCACUUUUACACGGCAUUCCGCGAUUCUCUACGAAGUGCGACACAACACAGUCUAUCCCCUCUUACCAGCCGACAUUUCCACCCCCUGUACACACCUGUACACACGUGACCACACCUGGCAAGUGUUCUACUCACCUGUCCAUAUGGAACGUCGCGCCACCAGAAGGAGGCUAAAGCGGAACGUCUUGAGUCGAGUCGCUGUCUGGGUCACGUGUUGUUUGUUCUGGUUGUUUGUUUACAACCUGAGCACGGUACACAGCCAUGGUCACGUGAGCAAACAGGCGAACAACAUCAGUCAGCUGAUGAAGAUGAUGGUGAACUUGUCAGGUCAGAGGUCAGACCCAGCCAAUGAGGAGAACUGCAUCCGGGUUCUCAGUCUGGACGAGUUCAUCCACCUGUCACUCAUUCCUGCCUUUCUGAUCGUCUUGGUGCUGAGCCUGUGUCAGCGGAGAGCCAACGCCGAGCCGGGCAGCUGGUGUGGGGGAAGGCCUGGGCUGCUGGUGUGA